AUGGCGGACGAACGGUUCUGGCCCCUGUUCGAGGGCCUCGCCGGCGCCGGCGACGGCGCGCUCGACGGCGCGGUCGACGACACGCUGGAUUGGUUGGACGACGUCAUCGUGCGCGGCGCGACGAGCGGGAGGGUCGAGGACGAGGACGCGCUCGGCGAGGACGCGGCGGAGGACGACGACGACGCGAGGGACGGGACGCGGGCGAACGACGGCCGGGGGGGGGGGAGGAAGCGAGCGAGGGCGAGCGGGGACGCGCGGGCGUCGACGUCGGGGCAGGAGAAGCGCGCGAAGGCGAACGCGGGACGAGGGAAGGAGGGAAACGCGACGCGGGGGAGGAACGGUCGAGGCGGCGCGCGCUUGCGAUGGACGCCGGAGUUGCACAGAGAGUUUAUCAACGCCGUGAAUCAGUUGGGGGGGUUGGAGCUGGCGACGCCGAAAGGCAUCAUGCAUAUCAUGGCCAUGAGCGGGAUGACUAUUCAACACAUCAAGUCGCACUUGCAAAAGUAUAGGUUACAGGAGGGCGCCGGCGGGUCGCGAGGCGCCGAGCUCGACGCCGAGGCUGAUCGCGAGAGACGCGCGAUGAUAAAACGCGCGCGCGUGCAACAGCAGGCGGAGAUGAAACAGCGGGCGAGCGAGGCAGAUUUGAUGGGUUUGGACGUCGCGAGCGCGGCGCCGAUGGGUAGUGGUUUAUCGAGCGAUCCGCCGUCGACGCCGGUGACGACGGCGCAGUUGUCCGAGCUCUUGAAUAGCACCUCCGCGAUGAAGGCCAAAACGCUGGGAUCGGAGGGUAAAAUCCAUGCCUUGGACGCAAUUUUAGCCCAAGCGCUCAAGCCCGCCGCGACGUUGUCGGACGAGGCCGCCGCCGCCGUCGUCAGCGCGGAACUCAUCGAAGACAUGCCUCACGUCGGCCACGCUUUGCUGAAACAGCUCGAGAUGCAAAAGCAGCUCCACGACCAGCUCAUCGCGCAGCGUCGCUUACAAACCGCCAUCGAAGAGCACGGCAAGUACUUGGCUUCGAUUUUAGCGCAGGAAGUCUCCGGCAAGACCAAGCCGCCCGAGGCCGCCCUCGGCGACGACGCCGUCGACGGCGCGUGA